AUGAGGCUUCGAAAAGCAGCCCGCGUACCCUCGCCAUCACCCGCGGGCAGCACAAGGACCUCAACUCCAAAAAGCCAGGCAAGCGAUUCGCAAAGCACACCCCGCCCCCGCUCCGGUCGCAAGAAACCCACGGAUACCUCAGAGACCAAAGCUCGGAGAGUGCGCACGGGCUGCCUCACAUGUCGCCAAAGGCAUUUGAAAUGCGACGAGGGCGUCGGGCGAUGUCUCAAUUGUCGCAAGUCGGAUCGCGUGUGUCGGCGGGGUAUCCGCCUCAAUUUCAUCGAUAUACAGACUGUAGCGCCUCCGCAUAUCGUCGCUCAUCCGGACGGCUCGAAGGUGACAUUUCGAGAUGACUCGCGGAUGAUUGCGUCUUUAUAUGUCGGAGGGUUUGAGAUAUACCCGCCCGUCCAGCCGGAGAGUCCUGUUCAAGAGAAUCAUCCAUCCCCACAUGGAUUUGACAUCAUGAGACCUGAUGACUUGGCAAGUCUGUUCCAUUCGGUGGCACAUUCGUUUGAUCCAUUGAGCUUUGACGUCUCACAUCCAACUACAGCAGAUUUUGGUGGAACUGAUACGUGGGCCCAGUCUCACUUGGUACCCGGAGAUGAGCUUCUUCCGCAUGGGACAUCUAAUUUUGCACGAAAAUUGGCUGGAAGGCAUGAGUACCAUGCUUUUCUCACUGAUCCGGAGCAAAUAUCUCUUCUCAGAACUUUUGCCGAGGAAGUAGGACCCCGAAUGGAUAUAUUGGAUGACAUGAAUCAUUUUUCUCAGAUUCUUCCAGGAUUUUCCGUUGGUGAGCCGAUAUUGUUAAAGGCAUUUUUAGCAUGUGGUGCAAGGCAUCUUUCUCUUAUUGAUUCUUCUUAUGGGGAUGAGAAGGCCAUGCGCUAUUAUAACGAAGCUACUCAGGAUCUUUUGAAUUCUAUGCAUGAUGAAAAUCGCGACUCCGUGCUAUGUGCAACAGUCGCCCUAGCCCUCGGCUUCUAUGAAACCAUGUCCAUCCAAUUGAAGAACAGCCGAAACCACAUUGCAGGGUCACGAGCUUUGAUCCGGGAAUGUGGUUGGAGUGCAAAAACCCCAGGGUUAGGUGGAGCAUGUUUCAGAAUCAGCCUCAGUGCAGAGCUUUUGAACUGUUUGCGACAUAAUUGGACAUUAUCUUGGGACCCGCACACGUGGGGGAUCAACAUGGACAUAGAUUAUGUGCAGGGUCUAAAUGGAGGCAACCAAGAUUUGUGGUAUCAUCGGAUACUAUAUACGUUUGCUAAAGUCUUGAACUUCCAAGCGUCUUCGCGUUCAUCUUACGAAUUUGGGAACGAAGAUGUGGCGUCGAAUAUGCAGCUUAAUGAGCAGGAAUGGAUGCUCUACAACAGGUGGUGUGAUCAAUGGAUGAAAUCCAUCCCGAGGUCCUUAGCACCUCUUGGUUAUUUGCAGCCGUGGCAAACAAGUUCCAAAUCCGGGUUUCCUGAGGUUUGGCUGAACCAGCGAUCUGCAAUUGUCGCUCGAUUGUUUUAUCACGCCACUCGUAUUCUGCUGGCCAAGAGUCACCCCUUCCAGUCAGAAUUCGACGAGGAGAUGUGGAAAAUGCAAUGCAGCCAUGCGAACGAAAUAUGUGGCCUCGUUGCCCAUUCCAAAGACCGAGGAAUUGCUGAUAUAUCAUUACGAUUCCUUGCAUUCGCUGCAGAAUGCUUACAAACCCGAGAAGCCCAAGAAGAGGUGAUCGGCAUCAUUGACACCAUCACCAAAGUAACUGGCAGCAAUUCGGAAUCAACUAAAGAUGAUCUCAAACAAAUAUGGAGCUGGGCUGAGGCUCAUCCGCACACAGUCAUUCCAGCCCAGAUGCAUAAUCAUUUUUAUGAGUUAGACCCAUCUUUAUUGAUCCCUGAGCGCCCGGGCUCAGCCCCAAGUCUUAACAAUCCGUUAUUGACUAAAGGGGAUUUCUCCUUGGAACACCACCCGUAUCAAGGAUACUAUGUGCCGCCACAUCAUCACCAUGCACUUAAUCAGUAUCAUUAUGGGGCAUUUGAUCUGAUUGGAUGA